GAAAGAUACAGAUACAAAAACUCAAACGGCACCGGACGGUUAAUGCUUGAGAUUUUAUUUUUUAAGAGGAGCGGCAACAAAUAAAUUAUAAAUAAUAAAUAGUCGCCGCGCCACUUGUGUGUUUCGUUCCCGUUCAUGCAAAAGAUACAUCCAAAAGAUACAUCGUUCAUCCAAAAGAUACAUAUCAACAAAAAGAUGGAUUUUUAACGUCGUUCCACGCAGAGUAAUCCAAUAAAAUGAUACUUUUUGUGUGCGGAACUGUCGACCGAUUUUUGGGAUAGCGCCGGAAGUACGGAAUUUCGUAUUUUAUUUUCGAGAAACGGGAACACGAACUUUCCGUUGUUGUUUACAAGUGUGGAGUUCGAAAACUAUCUGCCCCGGUGCCACUCGAAAAGAAAAUCAAAGUGAAAGAGCAAAAAAUACAUAAAGCUUCAAUGUAAAUCCAAAACAAAUCAAGUGUAAUCCCAAACAUAUCAAAAACCCCAUGUAAUUUAUCGCAUGGAUGGCAAACCAAAAUACAUAUCAAAAACGGUUGAAACGGAUACCAAUUGCAAAAUAUACUUGAAACAAGUGCACAACACCACUGGAUAAAACAUAUCAAACGCAACGAAAGCAUAUCAAGGCCAACGAGUGAUACGAGGAGUGCAGCAGACCUUUCACCAAGUUUCUUAGCUCCCUGCUCCCGACCCCCCGAGAACCUUAGACCGAACCGGAACCCCGUCUGUUCCCAGUUCCCAGACCCAUCCGUGAACCUAAGAAAAUAAAACAAAAACUACGUGAAGAGUAAACAAAUACCGUGACUAGCCGGCCCCGUCGAGUCCGCGAACCAAGUUAGUCAACUACAAAUAAUGCGCAUACAAUAGGAUCGAUGUUACCGCAAAAUUGUAUGUCCCUCCAUGAUAUUCCCAAACGAAAAGAAGAAAGAUCUAUGGCGUUAUGCGCUCAAAAACAAUCCGGGUACGCGCGAAGGGGUGCCUCCAAUGCCGCCCUUCCAGCUACCACGGCCGCCGCCCCCUCCACAUCGACCCCGCCCUCAUCAUCAUCAUCAGCAGCAGCAGCAGGCUCUGCAUCCUCCAUCCCUUGGCUACUCCUGGGACGAGGACUCCUUGGCCAUGCGCCAGACGCCGCCGCCACCCUACAACUCGAUGCCCUGCGCCAUGGACUGCUCCGGCUCCUCGUGUCAGAGUCCAGUCCAGAACAACAACAACAACAACAGCCAUCCAUAUCGCCGCCUGCCAAAUCCCCGGGAACGGGAACUGUCAUCUCUGAGCUUCGGAUCGGCCUGCGACCGCUGCUGUACCGCUCCUGGCUGCAGUUGCGCAAACUCCUGCGACGAUAUGUUGAUCGAAGAAAGCGAUCUGGAGCGGGAACGGGAACAGAAUCGGUAUCAGGAACCGCUGGAUGCCCAGCAGCAGCAAUUGCAACAGCCACAAGUGGAUCGCCGGCUGCCGAGUGCCAACACCUUUGCGACCAUGUUUCGGAAAUGCUGCGGCAGCGGAACGGAAUCCACCAGCGGAUCUUCAACGUCCUCAAUUCCAGCCACGAUGCAAGCAUCUCCUGCCCACCAAACCUACCAAACGCCGGCCCAAUCCCAAGCGCAGAGUUUACGGCGCCAGCGCGAGGAUUUCGAUGCACUGAUGAAGCCGCUCAAGCGGAAGCAGGUAGCCGAGCUCCUACUGGCCGUCAAGAGUCGCGUGGAUCAGCCGACGAAGACGCAACGCGAUGCCGUGGCCACCUCCUCCGCUACCGCCUUGACGACGCCGCCCACCUACCUGCAGUGCAUCCUGAUUCAGGACACAACGAUCGCGGAUCGGGAGCCGUAUGUGACCGCCAGCCGGCUCUUCUUCUGGCCGGGACUGAGGAGCGGCGAGGAGCUGAAGCGCCUGCCUGCCUGUCCCAGCGCCCAAGACUGCGUCUACACGUGCUGCAAUCCGCUGCACUGGUGCCGCAUAGUGCACCUGCCAGAACCCCAACCGCCGCCAUACCAACGCUCAAAAAUGCAGAGACUGAAAGAUGCAGAUCCCGAAGAAGACUUGCAGAACGACGCACAGUCGGCGGCGCUGAGCACGUGGAGUGCGCGGAGCAGCAGCAUUUCGGCGUCGAGCAUCUUCAAGAGGACGGAGUCGCCAACGCCACCGCUCUUCGAGUCGUUCACCACUGACGGGAAAGAUAACACCAUCGGCAGUAAGGGCUGGUGCCAAAUCGCCUAUUGGGAGCUGGCCCACCGAGUCGGGGAGUUCUUUCACGCCAGGACAAAGGCAGUCAAUAUCUACACGGAUGGGAUUGUGGACAGUGGUGGCGAUAGCAUGUGCCUGCGUGACCUCACUCCGGAUGGUAAGCAAGUGUCCUCCGAGGUGGUAAACACACGCAAGAAAGUCGGACUGGGAGUCACAUUGAGCCUGGAGAGCGGCGAUGUUUGGAUUUAUAAUCGUGGAAACUCCGCCGUUUUCGUGGACUCUCCCACUCUGGCUGAGCGACUGGACCGCGUUUGCAAAGUGAUGCCCGGCUGCUGCCUGAAGGCCUUUGAAACAAACAGGGCCCAAUGGCUAAGCAUGCGGCAGCCUGGACACCACCACAUGGGACCCAUCGACUGGUUCAGCCUGAAGAUCAGCUUUGCCAAGGGCUGGGGACACAGCUACACGCGCCAGGACAUCAUGGGCUGCCCUUGCUGGGUGGAGGUGCACUUCAGUCAUCUGCGGUGACAGUACCUACUGCAGGCGCUAUCGUCCUCUCACCCGGCCUUCCAGCACCUGGUCGAGCCACAGGCGACCAGCUGGCGGCGGGAGGGAAACCGGCGAUCGCGUCAACUGCUGCGCAAGGCGCAGAAGCUGCUGACCAAACUGUGCAGCACUGUGUGCUCACUCACGGAUCCUGCGGUGGGGACGAGAUCCUGUACGAGAUCGAGAGUGUGGAGUCUGGCGGGCAGAAGACCGAGCCGCCAACUAACCAUUAAACAACCAAUAAUUUGGAACAACAAAGGACUGCAAAAGAAAUCAUUUUAAAUGUUUACAUACAUAAUAAUUACGAAACAAGUUUCAAUUACUGCUAGUAGAUACAUCGAAAUUAAUUUUAACGCAUCCGAGUCGCCUGGAGGGACGAGUGGAGGGAGGGAAGUCCGGCGCGAGUUGAAUUGAAAUACAUAGUAAUUGAUUGUUAAACAUACUUAGCAAAAAUUGAAAUCCUGUGAUUCACUCUAUAUAUAUACACAUGUAGUAUGUACCGACCCGUGGGGCUAGAGCCCUGCGCCAGUAGCUAUAUGACAUGUAUAAAUAACUAAUUUAUAUACAUAAUUAAAACAGAAGGCACAUCAGGGUUAACAGAGAUAGAGAGACCACUCGAUCAGCAUCUAAAUACCUUUUCUAUGCGACGUUUUUAAGAGAACCUAAAACCAUAAUUUAUACCCCACCCAAAUGAAACCAAACAUCACUGAAAUACAAAUGUCUGUUCAGUAGAAUCUGCAUAGAUCCUAGGUUAAAUGAAAACGAAAAGCACUAUUAACUAAAUUCGUACCACGGCCAUGAGGUCCAGCGCUCAGGGAUUGCGAUUGGUUUAAAGAAAGCAUACGUCAUGUUCGAACAUCAUUUGUUUUAUGUUGAUAUUUUGACUGUUUUCGUUCCUCAUAGCACUUCCAUUCAUUCAAAGUUCAGCAAAUAUAUUAUUUACAUGGAAAAUCAUUCACAUAUUCCACAGGCCCCGAUUUCGGUUGCAUUUCCACCUGUAGGAAAUGCCAAUUCGAGGAUUUGGUGUUGCAAUUAAGAUCCCAGCGCUGGGCUUCUAUCCGUUGAACCAAUCAAGUCCAAAAUCCGUAUAGAAUUCCCCAGCCUUCUAUGUAAUUCGUUCUAAGAGUAUAAAUGCGAUUGUUACCCAUUGUUUUUCACUGUUAAAGCAAGACCGUGUUCAGUAAAUUUAUAAAGAAAAUAGGUACGUGUAUAAUUUAAUUCCAAAAAUCACUGUAAGAAAUAGAAGAGAACAAACUUUCACUCGUGAGCAGAGUUACUGGGCUGAUUUUAAAAAUUGAAUUGAAGAAAGGCAGAUGGAAAAAAUGAAACAUGCAUGCAUACGAUACAAUAGCUUCAAGAUGAUCAAAUAUUUAAUCAGUGCAGUUAUACCGUUAAGUUUAAAAAUUGUAAUAAAAUUUCAAUAUAUUUACAAAAAAUAAA